AUGCAAUUCGCAGGUUUUAGCCGAUGGACUGCCUUCAAAAUAGAAAAAAAAUAUGCUGAAGAAUGGGGAUAUUACUCGUCACAGUCGGGUUGUUCUUCUGUCCUUAUCUCUACUGUUGUUACAAGAGUUGAUGAUCUCGAUUAUACAAAAACCAUUUCUCCUGAGUACGAAUUCACUGUUGAACGUCAUCAAGAAUCACUUUUUUAUGAUUUAAUCAAUCGAAAUGGUUUUAAAGUAGUUAGUCAGAAUACAUCUUCUAAUACUCAUCGAUUCAAUGCUGAUGAUAGCGGUGGAUACCUACGUGAUGAAUAUAAGGUUCCAAAAUCUGAAACGAUCGUUUAUAAAAAGUAG